AUGUCGUAUACCGCCAGCUCAGCUCCAGUCAGAGGAGCGUUGAAUCCAUCCGAAUACGAACUCAUUGACCUGGACCCUCACUUCAACAGAGUGGUAGGGUACAUGAGACCUUCAGACUAUGCAGUCUGGGGAGCCUCAGCCGUUGGAUUCCCAUUGGCACUCGUUGGAAUGGAAAGAUUACAGUCGUCAGCUGGUCCAUACAAGGCCGCCACCAAGAUUCCAGGUGGAGCCAUCAGAUUCACCACCUUCUUGGGAUUGACUGGUGGGUUCUUGUGGGCGUACAUUAGAUCAUCACAAAGAUUCCUUGGAUGGCAGGAAAAUGCAAGAGAAGUCAAGUUGGACAGAUACGAAAUCAAAAAGCUGUUGAGUCAGGAAAAGUUACCUUACCACGAGAAUGAAUCUUUGUUGGACGACAGAUUACAGGAUCUUGCUAACAGAAACUCCCAGAACUCCGUCACCUUGUUGGCAUUCGUACCAUUCUUCAACUUCGCUCACCAUCCAUACCACGGAGUCAACAUUGCUAAAUACUACGAAACCAGACCUGGUGAAGAAAGCUGGGGGUUUGAUAACUUGAAGCCAUUCGAAGAAAUCAAGGCCAAAUACACCAAGAAGAUAGAGUAA